AUGGGGCGCUCCAUACACUUUUUUGCAGCUGUCUUCCUCAUGCUGAUGCUGGUCAUGACCACUGAGAUGGGUCCGAUGGUGGUGGAGGGCAGGACAUGUGAGUCCCAGAGCCACCGAUUCAAGGGAAUAUGUGUGAGGCAGAGCAACUGUGCUACUGUCUGCCAGACUGAGGGUUUCCAUGGCGGCCACUGCCGGGGCUUCCGUCGCCGAUGCUUCUGCACCAAACACUGCUAA